AUGGCUGAAGAACCGCAGCUAAAUUCAAUUCAGCAGCGGAUCGCCGCUCUCAACCAGUCGCAGCUGGCCCGACCACCGGGAGGACCUGAACCGCCAUUCCUCCGCCCAACGCCUGAACGGAGCGCGUCGGCCAACAACCCUCCUUCGUACGAUUCAAUCGGCUCUGUGACGGACAGAUCGCAAAUUGGAAAUGAGCCUGCAGAUGUUAGGACCCAAAGGCCUGUCCUGCAGGCACCUGCAAUGGAGACUCUCAGGCCCGACGUGAAGCCAAAGAAGAAACCCCCUCCACCAGUGCCCACGCGCAAGGCAGACCGUCUGCCUCCCCCUCCGCCACCAGCUCGCCCAAGCCUACCGCCGCGAAGGCCAACAGACCAAAAUCACAGGCCUUCCCUCGACUCGACCACAUCCGAUGCUUCGCAUUCGACAACAUCGACGAUAGCGACUGCGGGGCGCGGUGGAUCGACGACCUCGGUGAAUUCUGCCAGCAGCAAUCGCAUCAAGGCGCCUGCAUGGGGUGAGACCGAAUUGCCCUCUCUGCCUCCCCGACGACCCAAAGAAGCCCCCGUGGAAGCGUCCCCGCGACCCACGCUCAGUAGCAAGAGGAGCUUGGGAGGUUUGUCUUCUCGAUUCACCUCCAAAUUAAACUUGCCGGGCUCCAAACCACCUCCUGUGCCAACGCCCUCACCACGACCUAGCGAGCCUCUUCGUCGAGAUACUGAGAACGAGGCUCCAGGCCCGAAACUGCCCCCACGCCGCCCAUCUGGCGUACAGGCAGACACGCCAGACGCAACUCAUGCCCCAGCACCUAGCCUGCCCAUCCGGCGAACACUGCCACCACCGCCAUCUGCCUCCACUAUAAAAGACGCUCGAAGCCUUGGGUUUGGUAACAAAAGCCCAAGUCUUCCAUCACGACCAAGUAGUACCGCUCCUAAUGGAACACCACCGCCUAUUCCGCUUGGCACCCGGCCAGAUCUGUCCAAACUCAUGGCCACCAAACCGCGGUUUGAUGGCUCGGAUGCUCCAUCUGCUCCUCCAGCUCCUCCAGCUCCUCCAGCUCCUGUGUCCGAUGAGUGUCUCGUAUGCCGAGACUUCUCAGGACCCGAUAAUCAUGCGGCUCGCUAUCCUCGUGCAUCACUUCCCACGCAAGAUAUGGGUUGGUUGGCGAACGAGCUAACUGCACCAUUCCCGUCUCUCACGGACAAGGCACGUGCGAUAUUUACCUGGCUCCACCAUAAUGUCAUGUACGAUACUCAUGCCUUCUUUAAUAACUGUGUCAAGCCUUCAACGCCGGCCAGCACAUUAGCCACCGGUUUGGCGGUCUGCGAAGGAUACGCUGGGCUAUUUGCAGCAUUGGCUACCCGCGCCGGGCUGGAAGCUGUGGUAGUCGGCGGUCACGGCAAGGGAUUCGGGCAUGUCGCCCUGGGACCUGGCGCCUCUGUCCCUCCAUACGCAGGUAACCACGCCUGGAACGCCGUCAAGAUCGACGGCGGUCGCUGGAAGCUCAUCGAUUCGUGCUGGGGAGCUGGAGCCAUCGAAGGCGCAGGCCAACCCUACAAGCAACGCUUUGAGCCAGCCAUGUUCUCGAUCCCGAACGAAGAGUUCGGGCUCAAGCACUUCCCCGAGAACAGGCGCCACUUCUACCGCGAAGAUGGCCGCCCAGACCUCACCUGGGAAGAAUACGUACUUACAGACCCAGACCGACCCAACGGCGUGGAAAGUCUCAAGGUCUACAGCGAUGCGGAUACGCGCACCAUCGGCCGCAAAACCUUCUACCCCCAAGGCCUUCAUGUGUCCGUCAGCACACCAGGAACAAUGCGUUUUCAAUUCGGUCUCCUCUGUCCGCACUGGACACUCUCGCGACACAGCCACAUCCAAAAUGCCGGUCUAUUCUUGCUCAUGAUCCAUGGUGUGGAUGGUCGCAAGGAUGACAGGCUUCCCUUCACACAUGUGCCGGGCUCGGGCCCCUCUGGUGGCGGCGAGUUCUGGUAUGUCGAUAUCCCGGAUGCACGUAUGCUUGGUGCGCCUGGUCAGAAGCUGCAGUUGGCGGUUUUGACUAGCUUCGGUGAUCGAAAGGAUGCCAGUGGAGUUACUGCGCAAGAGUUCCAGGAGAAGGUUGGACGCGUCGGAAUGGCGUGGGCUUAUGUUGCGGAAUGGGAACUGGUUCGGUAG